AGAUGACCUUCUAAUCGAUAUAUCUGUAUACCACCGUACUACUGGAAGGAAACACCUGAGUGUUCAGGUUUACAAUCGACAAUGCUUAUGUUCGUUGCGUGAUCUGAUCGUGUGUGCUGGCGAUAAACCUCGAUCGGGGAAUCUACAGGGAAAUUCGGCCUACUUUUUCAUCGAAAGGAAUUUCUACAGCGAUAUGCGUUCGCCGGACGCUGUUGACUAUAGUAUACCAGUUCUGCAGUGGCUAAAGGAAACCACGACAGAUCGGGCCAACUCCGGCAAUCACCAGGGUGAAGCACUAGGGUCCUUCAAAAUGGAGGAUCAUACUUUUGCUGACCUCUCUGUUCGUUUGGGUGUGCAGUAUCGGUUCGUACAUCAGGGCCAGUGCGAGCAUGUGCUCAAAUUCGAGCGUGUACGUGUCGCAGGAAGCCUUUGGAAACAACCGACUGAUGGCGAUGGCAAUAUGUUUCGAUACGAAAUGAACUAUCCGGUGACCACAUACACAUUAAAGCCCAGGGCGCAGAAGUGUGGAGUGUGUACGCUCUAUGCUGCGAAGUACGCUGUACAUGAUAGUGCGAUUCUUAUCGAGACUCCGGCCUUCCUCUGUGAGAUUUGUUUCGAUUCUCUACACCGUGAUGCCAGUGGCAAUAUCAUCCUGGAGGUGGGACCAAAAUUCCAAGUGGAAAGCUUCCCAUAGAUGCCUCACUAUUACGCGUGUGUUGCUGGUAACAGCCUCGAUAAUAUGGGCGAAGGGUAUCGAGUGAUACAACUUCUGGCAGUCCACUCUGAGUACUCGAAACUAGCUGCGCUUUCUUGGUCAUUACAUGGACUUUCACUCGCGUCGAGUGAAAUUUUAUAAGCUUUCAUUCGCUUUAAGUGGCUCUUGAAAAGUUAGGCGUAGAUUUUCUCGCGCGAAAUUGUGAGUUUCCUUGCUUGCUGAAAAAUCAUUCGUGGUCACACAUACACGCG